GUUAGCACCAAGCUGUCUAAAUUUUAACUUUACAUGUUUUUUUAAAACUGGUGAUCACAAACGCCUGUAACUUGAUGUUAAUUGCUAAUUCGAAUGUCGUAUUCUAACAUAAAUAAUCCUACCUUAUCUCGCUAUUUUGACUCUAGUAAUGAUAACAUUCGCUCAAGAUCAAACUCUCCUCCACAAACCAUUGGAAGCAGGACUGGUAGCGCGUUUAUUCCAGAUAGUCAUAGCAUUAGUAGUACAAAAAGUGUCAAAUCCUAUCCUAAGAAAGGAACAACACUUGCGAAUGCUAAUCUUACCGUUGAAGAACAGAAUCAUUUGGAAGAGGUGCUUGCACGCUUCGAUAAAUUUCGGCAAAUUGAAGAUACACGUGUAAAACAGUUACGUCAAGAAAUGAUUGAAAAACAAAAAGUUCGUAUAAAAAAGACAGAAUCUAUUGGUGAAGGUCGAUGUAAUAAUUGCAAUACCCUAUUUGUCCCACUAUUACAACCGGCCAUUCGAUGUGUCAAUUGUCAAGGGGAUUUCUGUCGUAUAUGUACAGAAAAACUACAUAAUACUAAUAUCGUAAUGUGCAAAUUUUGUCGAUUCGAAACUUUACACAAAUGUAAACUGGGGGUAUGGUUCACAGAACAAUUGAAACAAGCUAGAGCCUCUGGUCGUGUACGAGGCGUUAGUGGUCCAGAAGCUUUACGUUCUUCUAUGCAACGAAUUCAACGUGAAGCGAAAUCUGGCACACUUCAUAGUCGACCAGCAAAUGUGCAAGAAUUGACUGCCAAAACAGAAGAAAAACGUCAGUCUAGUUUGAUACCAGACAAACAAUCGAAAUCGCUUCAUAAUUCCCAGUCACUGGUCGAUAGUGGUUAUGUUCCGCAAAGAACGCAUUCAUGGAUUGACGAUGAAACUGAUCCAACGGUUGAUAAACAUUAUUCAUCCACUCCACAGUUACAUCAAUCGAGUAUAUCUAAAGAACCUACUCUUCGCAAGCAAAAUCUUGGAUUCACCUCAUCAGAAUACUACAGUCCAUCUGUGGGUAGUGACACGGGAUUAGUACCAGAGAAGAAACUCAAUUCCUCUUAUACUGAUUUGAUUCCAACCAAAAUACCAGUAACACACCAAAAACGUCCAGAUAUUGAAGCUGGUAGCCAUUCAAAUCUAAGUGUAGCCAGUGAAGUAUACCCUGAUAGUAUACAAACUCCCACAAAAAUUAACUCGGUUAAAGUUUUAAAUGUUCAAGAUCGAAGAAAAAGCACUUCCCUGAAUGAAUCAGACCUUGUUCAUAUUCAUGAUUGUGAAAGUACACCUUUAUCAAGAAUAAAUGAAACCAAUACCAAUGAGGCUAAUGCAAAAGGUCUUAGUCCAGCACAGAGUUUUAGGUCGCUGUUUCACAUCAAGCUAGAUAAAAAUCAUACCAGCCAUGGAUCUUCCUUAAGUGUAUACAGUGAACGCGAAUCAAGUUACAGUCAUGGCAUCCAGAUAUGUGGAGAAAUGCUGAUGGCUGUCUUUUAUGAUGAUGCAUAUAAUACACUACGAAUCAGUAUUAAACAGGCACGCAACCUGGCGAUAGCAGACCGAAAGCGUAACACAACCAAUCCCUAUGUGAAAUGCUAUCUACUACCGGAUAGAACUAAAAGUAGUAAGCGAAAGACUACACACAAAAAAGCAACAUGUAAUCCAGUCUUUGAUGAAGAAUUUAAAUAUAAUAUACUAAGACAAGAUUUAACUUCGCGUACACUUCAAGUGUCUGUUUGGCAUCAUAAUGCAUUGGGUUUGAAUUUAUUUUUGGGCGAAAUUUUUUUACCACUGACUUUCCAUCAAUUCGAUCAAGCCUCUCAUUGGUAUACACUUGGUGAACAUCGUUUGCUUCCAACUAUAUCCCACUUACAAAUCAAUCGAGGUGAGAUAGUUCUGGCCAUAAAACUCGUACCAGGUGAGACAGGUAGUAAUCGAGGUGAAAUUCAUGUAUGGAUAAAAUCUGCCAAAGGAUUGUGUACGUCUACUGAUGGGAUAGCUCCACAGAAGGAUAAUGUUGAUCCUUAUGUAAAAAUAUAUAUGUUGCCCGGUAAAGAAAAGUAUUCGAAACAAAAGACAAAAGUUGUCAGAAAGAAUAAUAAUCCUGAAUGGAAUCAAGCUAUUAUAUACAGAGAUAUUAUACUGAGUUCUUUAAAUGAAAUUGGAAUAGAAGUUUCUGUUUGGGAUUACGAUCGAUUCUCAUCGAACGAUUUCCUUGGAGGAUGUCGAAUCAACUGUGGAUCACAUAAUCAACCAUGGUUGGAUGCAACAAAUGCUGAGAAAUCCGCUUGGUUGGCUAUGUGUGAAAGGCCAAACAUUUGGAUUGAAGCAACAAUACAAUUACGAUCGAACCUAAACUGAUCAUAUUCAUGCUUACGGACAAUUAUUCAGUGCUUCCAUUCUUCUAUUAAGUUCAGAAAAUCUCUAAUUAUUUUCUAAUAUGAAUACAAAUUUCAUGGUAUUCGUAUUAGUUUGUGUUUUUUUUUUGCUGCUGUGUUGAUUGGAAUUAACUACCAUCUUGUAUACGCUGUCAUAAUAUGCGCCUGAUGCUUCACUAGUUGCGUUCUCAUUGAAACACUAAAACUUUCGGUAAAUAAUUUCGUAUGCAAUCUUCUUAUUCUUUCAGUCUUUUUCCCCUAUUAUACAAUUAUUAUUGUCAGCACUACUGUUAAUGUUACUAAUAUUGAUACUAACAAUACUGUCAACAUAUAUAUAAAUAUAUAUAUAUAUGUAUUUUUUUCUUCUAAUAAUAAUAAAAGGAAAACUAUCGUUAAUCAUCAUUGAAAAAUUUCAUUUACGUCAUCCGCUGUGUUUUGUAAGACUUAUUGUUCUUUCUAUUCUCUUUGUUUAUUAUAAUCAAUGAUUCUCUGAUAGUUGCAUGACAAUAAUUAAUUAUUACACUGUAAUCUUGUGUAUAAUUUGUUGUGAAAUAACAAUAAUAAUAUAAUUUGGUUAAAUUUGAA